UUCGUCUUGUGGAAGCACAUCCCCUGGUUUUUGCUUCCUCCUAAGUACUUCAGCUAAAAGCUACUCAGCUUUCUCUCUGGUUCGAGCUGGGAGAUAUUAUCAGGAAAUAAAAUGGGUCUGUCGAACUUUCCAGGGGCGUCGGAGGGAGUGUUACCGGUGCUGGUAAUGAACACGGUGCUGUCGGUGGCGCUGCUCAAGAACAUGGUGAGAUCCGUGUACCAAGUAAUGAGUGGCGCCAAUGUGGUGGCGGCGUCUCAGAACCUAGAGGAGGAUCCAGAUGGGUACAUGGAAGUUGCGAGAGAAAGCCGGCUAGUCUCGGUGGCCCGGUACAAGUCGCUGUGCCAGCACAAGAAGAGCAAGAGAGAAAGAGUGGCGCCUAUGGUGGAGUGUUGUUGUGUGUGUCUGUGUGGUUUCGAAGCGGAGCAAGAGGUUAGUGAAUUGUCUUGCAAGCAUUUCUUCCACAAAGGUUGCUUGGAGAAGUGGUUUAACAACGACCACACUACUUGCCCUCUCUGCCGCUCUGUUUGCUAAUAUAGAUAUGAACAACAACAGCUACAAGGCAUUGUUUUUUGUCUUAACCAAAAGUUAGAUGAAGUUUUUGGAGUGCUUAGAUCAAUUGUUCCUCAACUGUACCUUUUUUUUCUGUUCGUUUUUAGCAGGAUGAUUAAUAGACCUCUAUUUACCAGUUAAGUAGAAGAACUGAUGAAAAAUAAAGGAGGAAACUUUCUAGUUGUAACUUGUA